GCGUGAUGGGAAAUAACAGUCAGCCCAUUUUUGUACUUCCGGUUUGAGUAGAAAAUCGCGAAUGUUGUUGGAACAUUUGGCCUUGUUUUGCGCCGUUUCUUGACGCCAAGCGAUGCCGAUCACCGCCGAACAGAUCCGGGAGCAGUUCCCGCUCCACUGGCUCGUCUGGCACAACAAGUUUCACGAACUGCUCGAAGAGCUGCGGGAAAAUCAGCAUGACCUUGAGCGGAUGGACCCACGAGGUCGUACGGCGCUGCACCUGGCCGUGACCUUGGGUCACCUGGAGAGUACGCGAGCCUUACUGAGCCACGGCGCUCUCAUCAGCACGGAGAACGCUUGUGGAUGGACAGUGUUACAGGAGGCAGUGAGCACAGGGAACCCAGAGCUGGUGCAGCUGACCCUGAAGCACAGGGACUUCCAGCGAGCCUCUCUCAGGAUAGACGGGGUGCCCGAACUCUUGGCUAAACUACGAUCGACUCCUGACUUUUAUGUUGAAAUGAAAUGGGAGUUCACAAGUUGGGUCCCUCUAGUGUCCCGCAUGUGUCCUAGUGACACCUACAAGCUGUGGAAGAAAGGCAGCUAUGUCCGUGUGGACACCACCCUGCUGGGGUUUGACCAGAUGUCCUGGCAGCGGGGCAGUAGGAGCUACAUCUUUAAGGGAGAAGUUGACUCUGCCACGCUGAUGGAGGUGGACCAUGACCGCCAUCUUGUCUUCGUGGAAAGUCUACAAAUGAACGGUCCCCAGCUUAGCCCGGACGCCAUGACGCCCACCGACGACAUCGUCUGCGCCCGCAUGGGUCAGCCGAUCGUCACGGUUCACAUGGAGACCAAGAACAUCGCGUUUGAGAGAACCAAGUCUGGGAUAUGGGGGUGGAGGAGUGAUAAGAGUGAAACUGUCAAUGGCUAUGACGCAAAGGUAUUUGGUGCACACAAUGUAGAAGUGGUCACCAGAACCAGAACUGAGCACCUGACUGAGGAAGAAAAGGAGAGAACUAGAGAAGCAAACAAGACACCUUUCCAGUCUUUCCUUGGCAUAGUGGAGGAACAUGAAGAGAAUUUGAAGGGUGCAGAAGGGAAUGAAACUCUUGUUUUCUCCAACCCAACCAACCCAACUAACAUCAUGGCGGAGGAGUAUUUUGACCAGGAGUUUGACCUUGGAGAGAGGGACAUCGGCAGGCCCAUAGAACAGACCACAAAAACACAGAAGUUUAAGGCUACCCUGUGGCUGUGUGACCAGUUCCCCCUGACUCUGCAGGACCAGUUACUGCCCAUUAUUGACCUGAUGGCCCGCAGUAACGCACACUUCGCUCGCCUCAAGGACUUCAUCACGCUACAGCUCCCAUCUGGCUUCCCUGUCAAAAUAGAAAUUCCACUGUUCCACGUGCUGAAUGCUCGCAUCACAUUCGGGAACCUGAACGGGACGGAUGAAGAAGUGGACGGGGUGGCGGCCAUCAAAGUGGAGUCCCCUACUGAGGAGGAAGUGGAAUCACCCACUGAGGAGGAGACACUGCUGGCUGCCACUCCAGGAGCUACCAAGAUGGUCUGUGACAUUGACCCCAUGACCUUCGAGGCUCCUCUUGGUUAUAACCAAGUCCAGGCCUCGGGUCGCAGGGAACGCAGGCGUCACCAUGACGAGGACGACGCCCUGCUGCAGUUUGCCAUCCAGCAGAGCCUGUUAGAGGCUAACGGCGCCGUGGUGGGUGAUCAGAUGACCAUGCUGGAAGCUCUUGGAGCUACAACUCCAGAAGAGUAUGAAAAUGAACAACUUCAGAGGGCUAUCCAAGAGAGUUUGAUGUUGGCUCAGGGUGAGUCCAUUCCAGAAGCAGCAGCGGGGGAGUCCUGCCCUGCCCCAGUGGUCCAGCCCGUUGCCGAGGCCCCACCCAACGACAUGGACGCACAGCUCAGACUGGCGCUGGAGAUGUCAGCCAAGGAGCAGGCAGAAGCAGAUAGACGAAGAAAGGAAGAGGAAGAAGAACUAGAAAGGAUUCUCCAGUUGUCCCUCACAGACAAAUGAUGGUACAGUCCCACCUUGCAGGCAACCCUCAACACCCCCGCUUAUCAAAUGUGCUGGUCUGAGGUCAGAUGACCCUCGACCCUUUAGUGCUGUUUUGCAUAUUAUAAACUACACGUACCAUGAUGCAGUAACCAAUGCCAAACUUUAGAUAAGUUGCUUAUACUAUAAACUUAAUGCAUUGUUUGCUGACUAAACUCUUUAGGAAAUGUUGAUUUAUCGUUACAAAACGCAAAAAGAACUUCUUAUUUUUUAGUUCUUUGAGAAAAGGGAGUUUAAUUGGAAGACCUUGUUUUAGCCAGCAAGGUCGUGAUAUAUUAUUAUUCUGGAGUCAUGGUGAAGGCUAUUCCAUUGCUAUUCUGGGGGUGAUGUUAGAAAAUUGUCUUGAGAUUUGCCUCCCCUUGCCAGGGGAAAAAAGGGUUUCAUUCACAAUGAAGGCAACCUGAUUAAUUGCUUACUCAAAACCACAAGCUUUAGGAUUUGUAGUACACACAUUGUUUUUCUGUGAUUUUGUAUGAUUUAUAUCGUGUGUUAUUCUGAUUUUCUAUUUUAGAAUGCAGUAAGUAUUAUUUGUUGUGUUCUGUCACCUGAACAGGAUUUUCAUAUGAGACAAACAGUUGUUGGGUGGCACAAGUUUAACAAGGAAUAAAACUGGUGCAAGGAAGAUGAUAAAUAGAGUGCGGAAAAUAUUAGCAAGCAACAAGAACAACCAAAAAUAAUGAAAAAUGAGUAUCUGUUUUGCUCAGAUAUGCCCCCGUACUAAAUCAUAAUCCAUACCUGAAAUGGCCUAUGAUAUACUAUUAAGACUUUUGUAAAUAUAAGAUUUUUUAAUGUUAUGUUGAGUUCAUCUUCAAAGCUAUGUUGUCUUGUUGCCAAAUCAAAAUGAAAAUAAUGUUUCUUGUGCAAUGUGAUUUUUAUUGAGGCAAACGUAAACUAUUUGCUGUGACCAUAAAGGUUUACAGAAAAGUUGCAUUGAAUUGAUUUUUGUAGGACUGAUUCUGAUUCAGAGGCUGCCUUUUUUUGACAUUUGUGGAAAAUGAGCUCUUGGUUUCAUCCCUUAGCAAAAGAGCUUGAAACACCAUGCAUGCAUUCUAAAUUUGGCAUUUGUUUGGACAAAAUUUUUCAAAUUUGAGAUCCUAAAACACCUGUACACAUAUGACCAGCUAAAACCUGUAGCUAGUCAGAAAACUAAAGAUUGCACAAUGAUUGUGAGAAUGCUGUUUACUUGAAUUAUGUUUGUAUUAUCAUUUGCUUGUUUACAAUGUGCAAGAUGUCAUAUUCACCAUGUAUAUGUAAAAAUCACCAGGUGCUAAUGGAUGACAGUUGAUAGUUGCAGGGCUACAGUGUACAUGUACAUGCAGGACUAUUGCUUAUACAUGUAAUAGAUGGGCUCUUUUUGUCUUGGAAGACAGUCUACGGCUUUCUAUGCUUCUCAUGGUUUCUGUUAGUCACUGAGCAUUUUUGCUGCCACAGUUCUUGCUGUACAGUGCCUCUCAUGACUAGUACAGCCAAUAUGAAAUGUUAUGAUUUUAAUUCACCACUGUUCAUAAACAUUAACAAAAGCAACUUUUCCUUUGUGAGAUCAGUGAUAUUCCUCUAAAAAUCUUCCAUGUAAGAGAAAAAAGACAAGCGCCAUGACUGAAAUGUUAGAACUGUAACCUCUAUGUGAUAGGAAGGGAGUGUUCUGAAUGAUGUAGCAGUGUAGACCUUUGCUUUAUAAUAUGUACUGUUCUAAUACUGUUCAAGUACUGUUAUGAUACGAAGGAAAGAGCAUGAAACAAUAGUAUACCUCCUCAUGUAAUGCCUAGUAAGUUGUACAUAUUUAAAAUGGUGUCCAAGGUGGUAAUUGGGUAAAGGGACACAAAAGGGUAGGACAGCAGCAAUGCUAUGUAAUAUACUAGCAGUUUAGCAUGUGUCCUAUAGUUGUAUCAGUAUCUCUAUACCUACAACAGUCAAUUACUGCUAUGUUUUAUAGAUCACCAAAAACAUCAUGUAUUAUUGCAUGUGCUUCAGCUUUUUAUAAAAAUAACAUCAUAUGCUAAUUUAUAAUGUAUCCAGUUUUACAAAGGGAAUGAUAAGAAUGGUAUAAGAUUGAUAUUAUCUUGUGCAUUUCAGUGAAAAAUGUUGUUACACAACCAAAGUCUGUCAUUGGAUGUUGGCAACACACUGUUGGGUCCUGUUGCAUCAUGGGAAUACCAACUGUGUACAGUUGCAUGAUGGGAAUACCUACAGAAUGUCAUGAACUGUGAUAUGCUAUACUGUCAUAUUUGAUACAUGUAUGCAUGUUGUUGGCUUUAGAUUUCUUCCACUAUAAUACAGUGUCUAUACAAUAUGGAAAAAAUGGUUCUGAAAAAUUGCCUCUAGUCACAGUGAAAUGAUACAUAACAAUUUCAGUUGGAAUUAUUUCAAUGCUAAAUGUAUAUUUUGUAUAUUCUCUCCACAAAUUAUAUGUAUUAUGUACUCCAAAACUUUGUUAUUAUCACUAAGUCUUGUUGCUGUUUCUGUCACUCUCAUUAAUGUUAAUUAUAGAAUGAGUCUAUGGGAAAGACUAGAGGAGAAGAGGCUUAUAUUAUGUUUCCACCUACUUAAAAGUGCAAUAACAUAUCUGUUUAAAAGUUGUAAUUAUGUAUAUCUGUAUGUAUUUAAGUGUCUUAGUUGAUGGUUAUAUCUUUAUUCUCACAGUGUUUAAGGGCUGAAGAAGAAGCUUGCCUCCAAACUAUGCUAUUUACCAUGUCACUUCACACUGCAAAGUAAGCUUGAAGUUAUGUAUACUAGGAAGUAUUAUUAGGAGUAGCAUGCUGUACUGACCAGUGCAUCUAUUAUGAGCAACCACUGUCAAAAUGUAGCUGUAAAUAAAUGAAAAGAA